UACACACAACACAUCCUCUCUCUCUUCACUCACUCUCUCUCUCUCACACACACUCGCCGGAAUCCCUAAACCCAUCACCGGCGAUCACUCAUCCACCAUCCAAACCACCACUCCACUCACAUGCUUUCUCUCUCUCUCUCUAACUCUCUAACAAACCCCCCAAAAUGUCAAUAUACGAUAAAGCAUUCAUGAACAGCGAACUCUCAAAACCUACUUCAAUCUUCGGCCUCCGUCUAUGGGUGGUCGUCGGAAUAUUCGUCGGAGUUAUCAUCGUCCUCUUACUAUUCCUCAUCUCCGUCUGCAUCACCUCCCGCCGUCGCAACUCCAAAAACCCUAACCAAACCCUAACCCUAACCCCCGCAGUAUCAAAAGAGAUACAAGAAAUCGUCCACCACGAGUCCUCCGAUCACCGGAUGGCGGUGCCGGAGAUCCAGAUCGACAUAGGGAAGUCGGAGCACCGUGUUGUGUUCUCCGAUCGCCAGUCGAGCGGUGAGAGUAGAGCUACUAGUAAUGAUACGGCGUCGUAUGGCGGUGGUGGUGGUAAUCCGUCGUUGCCGCAGGUGUCGCAUUUAGGGUGGGGCCGGUGGUAUACGCUCCGGGAGCUUGAGGCGGCGACUAAUGGUUUGGCUGAUGAGAAUGUGAUCGGUGAAGGUGGUUAUGGGAUUGUGUAUAGUGGUGUUUUGGCGGAUAAUACUCGUGUUGCAGUUAAGAAUUUGUUGAAUAACAGGGGUCAAGCCGAAAGGGAGUUCAAAGUAGAAGUAGAGGCGAUCGGGCGUGUGCGCCACAAAAAUCUUGUUCGUUUGCUAGGAUAUUGUGUUGAAGGAGCCUAUAGGAUGCUUGUCUAUGAAUAUGUAGACAAUGGGAAUCUGGAACAGUGGCUUCAUGGUGAUGUUGGGGAUUUUAGCCCUUUAACAUGGGGUAUCCGUAUGAAUAUCAUUCAAGGAACUGCAAAGGGUUUGGCAUAUCUUCAUGAGGGUCUUGAACCAAAAGUUGUCCAUCGUGAUAUCAAAUCCAACAAUAUCUUACUUGAUCGUCAAUGGAACCCUAAAGUUUCCGACUUUGGGCUUGCGAAGCUCUUGGGUUCGGAUACAAGUUAUGUGACAACUCGUGUAAUGGGAACAUUUGGUUAUGUUGCACCGGAGUAUGCAUGCACUGGGAUGUUGACUGAGAAGAGUGAUGUAUAUAGUUUUGGAAUACUUAUAAUGGAGGUAAUUACCGGGAGAAAUCCAGUUGAUUACGGUCGACCGCAAGGCGAGGUAAAUUUGGUCGAAUGGUUAAAAACAAUGGUUGGGAACCGUAAAUCCGAUGAGGUUGUUGAUCCCAAGUUGCCUGAAAUGCCAUCGUCAAAAGCAUUAAAACGCAUACUUUUAGUGGCUCUUCGGUGUGUGGAUCCGGAUGCAACGAAAAGACCAAAGAUGGGGCAUGUACUUCACAUGCUUGAAGCUGAUGACUUGCUGUUUCCCACUGAGAGGAGAGAAACUUCACGUUCUAAUCGCGAUUAUAAGGUUGACAAUAUCGAGUUGAAUGAUAAACGAUCUGGCGAUAGGAAUUCUGAUACUGGUGAAGGUGAUAGUAGUAGCAGGAAUCAUAGUUGGAGAUAACAAUACAACAAUUGAUUUCUUAAUUAAAGAGCUGAGGUCUGCAAAUUCUCUAAAUCUUAUAAUCUGUUAUUUAUUUAUCAUUUUUCUUUUAAUUUUUUUAAUUUUGUAUUACUACUUAAGCAAUUCAAUUAUUAAUAUUCUUUCAUCUUU